AUGGGUCUUCCACCACGUCGGUCGCUCACGGUCUCCGAACCGGCACGCAACAAGCUACCCGGCGCACCGCACCCGAACUUCUUCCUCGUCGUACGAUUCCUCCUCACCGGUCUCGUAUGCCUCCUCUCGCUCGCCACCGCCAUCAUCGCCAUCCUCGUCGUCGACUACUACAACAAGCAUGAUCCCAUCAUCCGCCCCUCCUGGGGUUCCCUCAUCUUCCUCAUCAUCCUCGGUCUCUUCACUCCCAUCAUCUACUUCGGUUACAACAUCUUCCUACCCUUGAUGCCGUUCAUCAACUAUGGAGAUUUCCUCUACAGUCUGUUCAUGGUCAAGAUCGAGCUGCUGUUGCAGUUUGCGAUGGCGGUGUUGUGGGUGUCGGGAGCGCUGGCGUAUGCGUGCGAUUUGCGCGGCAAGGAGAAUUGUCAGUUUGAUGGGUAUUGGCACUACGAGAAGCCGGCGAACUUUGAUCAUGUUUGCAAGCUGAUCGAGUAUGCGGUGGGUUUUGCGUAUGCGACGUUCGGUGUGCAGGCGGCGUUGAUGGUGGUCGAGUUCUUGUAUGGGAUGUACAUCUUCCUGUUUUUGGACCAGGAGAGUCUCAAUGAACCUCACUUUGAGUGGGGUAGGAGGGCGUACAACUACGCUCAGCAGAGCAAGCAGCAGCAGCGUCAGGCUGCGAUUGGUAGAUCCCCCCGAGCAACGGCGUUGGGAGGUGCUGGUGGUGCCGCUGCUGGCGCUGGUGCUGCUGGAGUGUACAGGAACAUGGGCAGGAGGAGUCCUGCUACCGAAUCCGUCACGAGCCAAGGCACGAGCGAACGAACGGAAAGCAGACGAGGUGCAGGCUACAACGACCCGGACAUGGAGUCGCGAACUUCCGCCCCCGUUUCGCUCGGCAGCAGAGGCAGGAGGGGCGUCGCCUACGGGGGCAUGGCGGACGACGACGAGGAGUCCCAGAUCGCCGGUCGACCCCGCUCGGCAGCGAGCACGGGCGGUGGAGAAGCCGGACCGUUGGCGUCCGCCGCUGCUGGCGCAGGUGCCGGUGCAAAGGGUCGAAAGACCAGCUCCAGAGGCGGCGGCUCGAGGAGGGCUUCUAGGCGUGGUCCGCUGUCGGACGAGGAAAGCGGUUGGCAUCUGCGCGAGGACGAUUCCGAACGCUAG